AAGGGAAGGGAGAAUCAAAGAAGUGAAGAGAAAAAGCAAUGAUUGAGAAUCGAUUGACACGGAAGCACCGGUGACUGUUGUUAACAAUUUUUCUUCGUUUCUUUCUUUUGAAUUAUCAAUAGUUAUUGUGGUUAUGGAAGAAGAAGAGAGAGAGAGGGUCCCUCGAAUGAAACUUGAAGUGAAAAGGACCGUGCAACAAUGGCAUGGUGAUUUCUAGGCAAUUGAUGAUGAAGAUGAUGAUGGGUUUUGCGCGAUCAAAUCUGAAUCUGAAUCUGAAGCAGCGAGUGUUGAGUAUUUUUCACUAUUGUGCGUAUGUGAGUCCGCAACUGUUGCGUUUUCUGCAAAUGCUUCACUGCAAAUGCAAAUGCUUUCCUUGGAAAGGGAACGAUAACAACACCAUCACUCUCCCUCCCACCUUUUCUCUUCCCGCUCCGCUUCCCCAAUGGCCUCAAGGACAAGGUUUUGCUUCAGGGGUUGUAAACCUUGGUGAAAUACAAGUGUGCAAGGUUACCGGGUUUGAGUUUGUUUGGAGCAGCAACGUUGGAAAAGGUGUUGCAUUCUAUAAACCGGUGGGAAUACCAGAUGGGUUCCAUGUCAUUGGUCACUAUUGUCAACCUUGCUGCAAGCCUUUAUGGGGUUUUGUACUUGUUGUUAGGGAAGUGGGAACUAGUUCAUCUGAAACAUGCAAGUUACCAGCUCUGAAGAAUCCCCUUGAUUAUACCUUAGUAUGGUGUCCCAAUGCAGGAAGGAAGGAACUGUCAAAUGCUUCUGCUUACUUUUGGGUACCUCAGCCUCCUGAAGGCUAUAAGGCCCUUGGCUACUUGGUUACUAACAAGCCUGACAAGCCUAAUUUGGAUGAAAUGAGUUGUGUUCGUGCUGACCUCACUGAUAAAUGUGAACCUUACCGUCUAAUACUCGAUGCUGCCUCUAUAAUUCCGGAGUUUCCAUUUCAGGUGUGGAGUUUGAGACCUUGUGACCGCGGCACGCAGGGGAAAGGAGUUUCAGCAGGCACUUUUUUCUGCACUGGUAAUUGGAACAAGGGAGAAGAGCUACCUGUUGUGUGCUUGAAGAACUUAAAUCCUGUGCUUCCAGCAAUGCCAUCCCUACACCAAAUUCAUGCACUCGUAGAGCAUUAUGGCCCUACUGUUUUCUUUCAUCCAGAGGAAGUUUACUUGCCUUCUUCUGUUGAUUGGUUUUUCAGUAAUGGAGCCCUUUUGUACAGAAAGGGUGUGGCUACGGGCGAGGCCAUUGAUCCAGCUGGCUCAAAUUUGCCUGGUGGAGGAACAAAUGAUGGGGAGUUUUGGAUAGAUUUGCCAAGUGAUAAUCGAAGGGAUUUUGUGAAACAUGGGGACUUGAAAAGUGCCAAACUUUAUGUUCAUGUGAAGCCAGCUCUUGGUGGGACUUUUACUGACAUUGCAAUGUGGGUUUUUUGCCCCUUCAAUGGACCCUCCACUCUGAAAUUUGGAAUUGCUAGUAUAGCUUUUAGCAAGGUUGGAGAGCAUGUGGGUGACUGGGAACAUUUUACACUUCGUAUAUGCAAUUUCACUGGAGAGCUGUGGAGUAUAUAUUUCUCACAGCACAGUGGAGGUAAAUGGGUGGAUGCCUAUGAAUUGGAGCAUAUUGAUGGCAAUAAAGCUGUUGUCUACUCAUCAAAAAGUGGUCAUGCAAGUUUCCCCCACCCUGGAACCUAUAUUCAAGGAUCUUCAAAACUUGGGAUUGGCAUUAGGAAUGACGCUACUCGUAGUAAUUUCUACGUGGAUUCUAGCGUUCAAUACGAGCUUGUUGCAGCCGAGUAUCUAGGAGAUGUAGUGACAGAGCCUCAGUGGUUGCAGUUUAUGAGAGAGUGGGGUCCUAAAAUCGUUUAUGAUUCAAAAACUGAGAUGGAUAAGAUCAUAAAUGCGCUUCCUCUCAGGCUUCGAAAUUCAUUUCAGAACUUACUUAAAAAGCUUCCAGUGGAGCUGUAUGGUGAGGAAGGUCCUACAGGGCCAAAAGAGAAAAAUAAUUGGAUAGGAGAUGAAAGAUGGUGAAUUUAUAUUUAUUUUUACAAAGCUCAUACCAAACGGAUUGGUCUAAUCGGCAAAUUAUGUUGUACACUCAUACGUUAUAUUCUUGUAUUAUUAUUGAUUGGGUAUUAUUAUUGUGAGAGUUCUUUUGCU